AUGGAAAGGUUCAACAAAGCGUGUUUGGAAAUUCAAGAUCUGCCCACAGAGGUAGUUAUCAUGGGAUUAGUAAAUAGACUAAGGGAAGGACCCUUCUCACAGUCCAUAUCAAAAAGGCACCCGACCUCUUUGAGUGAUGUACAGGAGAGAGCGGAAAAGUACAUCAAUAUGGAGAAAAAUGUCAGACUGAGAGAGUCGAGUUGGCGAUCUGGGCACCCUCCCUCGAUAAAAGAAAAGGAGAGGGAACCCAAGAAGAAAGAAGACCUCGGUCUCGACAGACCCAGGAAAUAUUACUCUUAUACUCCUCUAAAGGUUUCUAUAGUGGACGUAUGCAGAGAAAUUUGCAAUACUGAAAGGCUGCCGCCUCCUAGGCCCAUUAAAAAUAAAAAAGGGGGGAGUCGCAGCGAGUACUGUGAGUACCAUAAAAUAUAUGGUCACUCAACAAACGACUGUUACGACCUCAAAAAUGUAAUAGAAAAGCUGACCAGAGAGGGCCGACUUGAUAGAUAUCUCAUGGAAAGGUCGGACAAUCAUGGGAAGAAAAAGCCAGAUGACGCAGAUAGAAGAGACCCACCACCGCAAACUCCGGAGAGACAUAUACAUAUGAUCUCAAGUGGAUUCGCGGGAGGGGGACUCACCAAGUCCUCUCGCAAGAGACACCUCAAGCGAUUCCACCAGGUCGGGAACGAAUCGCCCGACCUUUCUACCAUCUCAUUCACAAAGGAGGAUGGGCAAGGAGUAAUCCCUGAACACGACGAUCCAGUGGUGAUAACCAUGAUCCUGGCCAAUGCCCAUCUCCACAGAACUCUAGUAGAUCAAGGAAGCUCGGCGAACAUCCUUUUCAAACCCACGUUUGACAAGCUAGGGUUGGACGAGAGAGAGCUAAGAGCCUACCCCGACACCUUAUACGGGCUAGGCGACACGCCAAUAAAGCCACUGGAAUUCUUACCCAUUCAUACUACCUUUGGAAAGGGGAAAAAUCCAAAACUCUGA